AGUAUAACUUUUUAACCGCAAGACAUGACUUGUAUGUUUAACACCGGUUUACCGUUAUAUAAGUAAAAAUAAGUUGUACGUGUAGUCCUUACAGAGUUGGGCCAAUUUAAAAAAUGUACAAAUCGAUCUCAAAAUUCCUUAUUCUUGUGUCGUUGAUGACAUUGCUGAAAUCAGCUCCUGUCAUACCUCCGAGGAAAAUCUAUCACCUAGACAAGCUGAUUCGAGUUCAUCCCAAAACAAUGGAUCAAGUCCUUGCUCUGGAGAGACUUCAAGACAAUCUUCCUGCUGAGGUUGACUUUUGGAAGAGGCCUAAUAUCAAUGCUGAUGUAGAUAUUCAUGUACCUAUCAAAGUGUAUGAUGACGUCACUCAACGAUUGUCACAUGUUGACCUUAAGCCUACUUUAUUAGUUCAUGAUAUACAAAGUGUUAUGGACCAAGAGGAGGCUUCUAUGGAGAUCCCUGAUUACGUCAUUGAUUCAACAGGUGCGAUGGCAUCUCCAGCACUCAAACUAAGGAAUACGGAUAUUGUCGGAAAAUUUGCACGACAUGCCGAGAUGGACAGUUGGCUCGUAAGGAUGGCAUCAAAAUACUCUGCAAUUGAAAAAUAGAGUCUAUCGGCAUAACAUAUGAAGGCAGAGAUAUGAAAGUUAUCAAGGUACAAUGCUUAUAUAUAAAGGAUAUUACAUGUAUAACAUAAUGAUCUUCAUAAGAAAUUUAUUAAUUAAUUGAUUGAUUGAUUGACUGAUUGAUUGAUUGAAUAGUUUAGUGUAUCUUGUUUUACUCCCCCUAUGAAGGAGUUUUAUUUAGAGAGAGAGAGAGACAUCAACCCGAA